AUGUCGUUCAUGGACGACCCCGGUGGUCAUUACCCGCUCGAUCGAAAGCUGGCUCAACUACGGGCUGACUUUGGAGAGGACAUUGCGGUCUAUGACUAUACAGACGACGGCUUGGUCGAGUCCACGGCGGGAUUGGAGGAAGACAUGAACGAUUUCAAUGACGAGACAUUCGGAAUGGAUACUGUUGAUAAAGAUUUUGAUUUUUCGGGCUCCACGGCUCAAUACCUUGGUGCCUUGGAACCCCCCAAGCAAAAAUCACAAGACGGUGCCAAUUGGACCACCAUGUCAAGUCUUUUGGCGGACCGUGAGCCCAGCGGAUCGUUAGCUCCUCGCUCUUCUUCACCGUCUCGUCGCAAGGCUGGACCCGUCAGCCUACUGGAAGAUCCACUGCUUGCGCCCAAAUCGAACAUUAACCAUCGCCAUUCAAGCGGCCCAUUCCCUGCUUCGAAGCCACCCGGAAGUGCGCCUGCUGCCACCGUGUCCAAGCCCCACAAGAUCCGUACCUUGGAGGAAAUUGAAGCAGAACUCCGAGCCAACUCCGCUGCAAAGAACUCUAUCCCCCCAGCCGGUCUCCCCCCUCAGGCGUUGACCUUAGAACAAGUUGAGGCUGCGCUGUUGGCGAACCACGAAAGAAAACUCGCGACUACUACUGCCAGCAGAUCAUCAACCCCUCAUGCGGCCCUUCCCUUCUCUCAGCCAUCCUUACAGAGUAGAGCUCAGUCAGUACAGCAAAUCCAUAGAAAUAUCAACGCACAACCCCUCAUCUCAUCUCCCGUCAUGGCACCCAUGCCCCGGGGGCCUCAAACUCCAUCCAGUUUGCCUCCCCAUAAUCAUCCAGCUCAUCCAGCCCAUCCGCAACAUUCGGAAUGGUUGCGUCUGCAGCAGCAACAGCAUCAAAUGUACAGCAACAUUCCAACUCAACAACAAAUGCAAAUCCAGCCCUUAAUGACACGCCUUCCAGCUGUGCCCUCUCCCCCCCAAGUCUUACCCGGUCGACAUGUAUCCAACCCGCCCGUUGCAGGAUUCGGUCAUCACAUGAGAACUGGAUCCGUCCCACCUCGCAGUGCAACGCAGACCCCAUUUGUUCAGACCCCAAGUGGUACGAUUCCUGUCGAAGAACUUCGUUCUGCGGCUGAAGCUCGCAUCCAGGAACAAGAACGACGAGAAGCUCUUCGCCGAAGGAAAGCUACCAAGAUUGCCGAGAUGUCAAAGUACAACAACCUUAUGAGUCAAGGUGACAAAGAUUUCAUCACACGGAUCCAAGUAUCUCAACUUGUCAACCCCAGUCACGGCCAAGCUGGAUUCGAUCCGUAUGCCGAUGACUUUUACUUUCACGUAUACUCCGCCAUUCGGGCUAGUCGAGUGGCCGCUCAGCACCAAGCUCAUACAGCUGUUGCUGGGAGGCGCGCCCAGGCCGCUUCUUCUGACGAGAGGAUCAGCCAAGACUAUGAUGGGAUCGGUGGCCUCGAGCCAGUCCGUAACUCUCGAGCAAUCGAAAGACGUUUGACUCGACGUGAGCAUGCCAUGAUUCGAAUGGCGCAAAACGUUCAGAGGAUCAUCGAUCAUGCGAAGGAACGCCCCAAAAUGUCACAAGUCUCAUUGGAGGGAGCGUUGGGUAAAAUUUCUUUGCGAACUCGCUCUGCGCCUCGGCAAAUGCUUCAAGUCCAACCGACGUCUUCAGACGACUUGACCACAGCCGCAGGAGGUGAAAAUCAUCCCGGGGCACUAGCCGGCUCACUACCAAACACUACCCCAAUAGGUGCUGGUCAACCUGCCAUGCGUCACCGGCAAAUCCUGAUGUCCCUGGAAAGGUUAUAUUCUACGGUGCUUGAAGUUGAACAACUCCGCCGGACCCAGCCCAGCGCCCAAUCGCUCGAGAUGGAAGAUGGAAAAAGUCAACUGGAUGAAUGGGAGGCCCAGUACGAAAGCCAAAAGGAUAAAAUUUGGAAGCAGCUUAGGGUUUUGGAUCCUCUUGGUAUAAGCCACCCCCACCCCUUCGUCUCGUUAAUUUCCGUUCCAAAGGGCAAACGAGUUCUUCCUCGAGUGAUGCGACUAUUGAAUCGCGAGCAAUCCCUUCAAGUUCUCACUUUACUCGUUGCCACUUUCGAAACCGUCGAUGUCGUGUCCGAUGCUCGUAUGCUCGAUCUCCCCUCCGAUUCCUCCUUCUCAUCAGAUCAGAGAAGUCGUCCAGAGAUUGAGUUGGAGACCGAGCUAUUCAUGAAUUGCGUAGUAGCACCGAUGAUGGCUGUUAUUAAUAAGAUAUCUUUAGAUCUUGUGACUGGACUCGUUUCGCUUUUGAUGGCGCGCAACGACCUCAUGCAGAUUGCACGCUCGAAAGCGGGGAUCGCAUUUUUAACCUUGUUUUUAAGUCGUGCGGAGCUGCUAAGGAGUGUACCAUCACUUGAGAGUAAUGAACAGAACGAGCCAACUACUCCGAGUCAUGAAUCGAUCUCAAGAUGGCAAGGCGUGUUCAAUCAAUUAUUCCACUAUCUCAGUUCCGACUUUCCUUCUCUAUUCCCAUCGACUCGUUUGGCUGGAGCAUUGUCCUUAGGAGCUGGAUUGCCUCCCCAAUUGGCCACCGAUUCACUGGAGAUGAACCAGAAGUACAUGAGGUCUGGGAUCGAUCUCGAGGAUGAACCAGUCUGGCAAUUGAUGGCCGCCUUGGCCGUUUCGACUGACUCCGAUGGCCAGCAAAUCUUGGUAGGCGGAUUGAGAGGCAAGGUCUUGGAGAAUGUCAUUGCCGUCAACAAGAAAUCGGUAUCUGAUGAAAUUGGAUCUUUGAAAAUCAGGAACGUAAAUUUAAUGCUGCACGCUUUAGGAUUAGACGCAAGCAUGAUAAAACUUUAA